AAAAUAAUUACGACUUCAAAGCACCAACCGAUUUUUUAUUGAUUUGUGUCUCUUUGAAUAACAGAAUCUUUUUAUACAAACAAACAACAUAACAACAAAUGUCUAAUAACCCAUACGGAUCCACUGAUGUUGAUCCAUACGAUUAUGAUUAUCAACCAAACUAUGGUAAUCCAACUCAAGGAUAUGUCCCACCACAAGUUGGAGCAAUGAGUCAACCUGCUCAAAUCAACAUUGAACCUGUUGGUUCUAUGGAUAAUGAAGCUCUCAGACUUAAGGCUAUGGAACUUGCUCGUAGAGAAGCUGAAUUGGAAAAGAGAGAACAAGAAGUUACAAAUCUUGAUAAUGCCAAUACUGCCAAGAAGAAUUUCCCAAGAUGUUACCCUCUUGUUUAUCACAACAUUGCUGAUGUUCCUAAUGAAUUCCUCCGAAGGAAGAUUGCCUACUGGGGAUUCAUCUCUGCAAUUGUUUUCCAAGUUGUGGUCUUCUUGAACUGUGUUUCUGCCUAUAUUACUGCCUUCUCUACUACACCAAAUGCCUUCCCUAAGGAUGUUUCUCUCAUGAAUCUUAUUCAAUUUUGCAUUGUUUCUACAAUCCUCUUCUUAAUUUCUGGUAUUGCUCACUUCUUCCUUGGAUAUUGGCCAUUGUACAAGGCUAUGGAUACUGGUGCCAUUCCAAGAUUCAUCAUUUUCUUCAUUGCCUAUGCUGUUUCAAUUAUUUUCUGUGCUCUUGGUGUUGCUGGUUAUUUGACUUAUGGUUUCAGUGGUAUUGUCACUGCUAUUUACUAUUUCCCAACUGGUACAUAUGGAAGUAUUGCUGGAUUUGUUUGUAACUUGAUCAUGGCUGUCAUUUGGUUCGCUUUGAUGAUCAAUUAUAUCAUCAUUUUUAUUAUGGUUAUUAAGGUCUUUAGAGCUCUUAAGGGAUCUCUUAACAAGAUUAAGGAAUAUGGUGCUGGUUUGGUUCAAAGUGGUGCUGCUACUGCUAUCAGCUCAGCUGUCAAAAAUACUAUCAGUGGUGGUGGUAGUCAACAAGUUUAAAUGUAUUUAUCUGUUUGAAAAAUACAUUAACAAUCUAUAUACUCUGUAAAUUUUCCAAAUAAUUAAAUAACUUUUCUGUUUCUCUAU